AUGAGUCAGAAUCCUCCUACAACUGUCAGUCCAAAACAGCCAUCAGCAACCACCCAGAUAGAUUCACCGUAUGCAUCCAAUCUCCACACCAACUAUACUCCUACGGAAUCAGAAACUCUUCAAAUCAAACAGCUUUUGAGCGAACCGCUCAAGCGUUUAUCUAGCCUUGACGCUGAGAUCGACAGGGUGCAAUCAAUCCUCGACGAGCUACAUCACGAGCGUCGUGCUCUGAGCGAUGAGAUCGAGCACUGA